AUGGAUCACCACUGGAGUAAACGCCACAUUCUUGGUUCAGGUACGUAUGCUACCGUAUAUUUGGCAUCGAAGCUUAAUUCCCGUCUUUCCUAUUCCGUGGCCGCUGUGAAGUCCGACAAUUAUUAUGGCACUUCCCUGAAGAAGGAGGGAGAAAUUCUGUACAAACUUAGAGGUUGCCCCGAGAUCAUCCAGUGUUUUGGAGAAGAUAUAAGUAUUGAAAAGAAUAGACAAGUCUACAAUCUUCUCCUUGAAUACGCACCCGGCGGAUCCCUCGCUGAUCUGAUCCAAAAAAAUGGAGGAAAAAUCCCAGAAUCUCAGGUUGCAUGUUACACUUAUAUGCUGCUUAAAGGUCUCUCUCGCGUUCAUGAGAAAGGGAUUGUUCAUUGUGAUAUGAAACCUGAUAAUAUUCUCGUUUUUCCUAGUGUACAUGGCAGUACUAUACAAAAUCUCAAGAUAGCAGAUUUUGGAAUGUCCAAGACAACUGAAGAGGAGGAAGAGUUUAUUCCUGGGGAAUCGACCUUCAACAGAGGCGCACUGCAAUAUGCAUCCCCAGAAUCUAUAUCUAAAGGGAUACACAAACCAGUUACUGAUAUAUGGUCUCUUGGUUGCAUUAUUGCGGAGAUGAUAACAGGCGAAACCAUUUGGACUUAUAAGGAUGCGGAAGAUUUGAUCAAUCAAAUUAAUUCUCGUCAUCCACGUAUACCGCAAAAUAUUUCGUAUUGUGCAGACGAUUUCUUGAAAUUGUGCUUGGAAAAGAAUGAGUAUCAGAGAUGGACGGCCAACAUGUUAUUGGAUCAUCCAUUUAUUUUCACGAAUUUGUCAGCAUUGCCACUAAAUUUUAAGAAUCCAGUGCUGCCCAAUCCCUUUGGAUCCGAUAAAUGGGUUUAUACAUUCGACCUGUUUUCCCCUAAACGAAAGAUUGAACAAUCUACUGAUCAAUCGUUUAAUGUUUAG